UGAAGCACGUAAGCAAAUGUUUUAACAAAAGGCUGAAAUUUUAAAAUAAAAAUAUUACCCCCUUUUCUUUGAAGGAAAGCCAGGAAGAUUACAAGACUCAACUGGUUUUAACAGAAAAGAAAUAGUGACUGGAAAAACAUAAGGAAGUGCUCAGCUCAAGAGACUUUAAGGCCUGUUGGUGCAACUUCAGUGGAAGGGGCAAGAUGAAUUCAACCAGUGACGCCAACAUGGAAGAGAUAUCUCUGGAGGAUGAGGAUAGAGACACCGUGGAAUACAAAGUUCUUAUGGCAUAUGCCCAGCGACGACUCUCCGUGAGUAAAUAUGGGCAACUUCUGAAAAGGGAGGCGAAGACCUUGAAAGGAUCGUCUACAGAGAGAGGGGAAAGGGAAGGGAUCCCUCAGGCCGGUAAGGGUGAGACACACCAAGAACUGUCAAUCCAGGACAAAGGGCCCACUGCCCAACGUAAAAAGCAAAAGAAGAAAAAGUUUAUCUGGCGACGCCUGCUGCUUUCCUGUGCCAGAGGAGAGAGGGAGGAGGGCCCACAGGAGCUAGCCACGAACCAAGACACUGUGAAUGGGUAUGGCUUAAAGAUGCCGAUGGCACGCCAGAUAUCAGAAGGUGAGACACAGGAUUUCCUCCACGUUGCAGACAGACUUGCUAAGAUAGUGAAUGCCAGGUCGCACUCAGUUCCCCAGGGAAUGGGUUUCAGAGCGCUAGAGCGCACUCCGAGUCUAGAGGCAGAUGGUGGACAGCUCAAAUUCCCUCAGCAACAGGGAGGUGAAAAAGAUGAAGAAGAGAGGAUAAUAGAAACGAUAGUUGCAUUGUUAAGACAAUCAGGGGAUAAACUGGAAGAAACGAUAAAAAAGGACAAAACUUUCUAUCGCUGUGUCACAAAGAUGCUCUCCUAUGCCUUCUUCAAGAAACUCACUGAUCAGUACCUGGAGGAAGUCCCAGGAGAUUCUACCAAGGAGACAGAAGGCAAAAUACAGUGCACUAAAGCUGCCUUUGUGAUGGAAGUUACGACCAGACUUACAGCCGUGGACAACCAUCCUAUGAACAUGGUCCUGGGGUUUGGAAUAAAGUACCUCAAAGAACAUUUUAGCCCUUGGAUUCAGAACCAUGGUGGAUGGGAAAAUGCCUUGGGAUUAUUGGACGAGGAAGAAGUAGAAUAAACUUGAGCAGAUUCACUCGCCAGGGUAUGCUGUAGCUUUACAACAAUCCAAUGCCAGAGUGAUUUUUGAAAGGGGAGGGUAGAAGAGGAGAAUGCUGUGACUUGAAGGUCCCCAAGGGAAGGAAGUUUGAUCACUCUUCUCGAAGCCUUCUGUUAAGGUGGAAAUGUUAAUCAAUGUGUAGGAGAACAAGACUAGCUACUUUUCUCAGUGAGCAAACACCUCACUGGCCAUAGAGUGCCACCUUGUGGCUUAUGGCUAACAUGACUUCAGAUGCCUUUUUAAACAUUUUAAUGGAUGUAUCUUCAAAUACCACAGUGUGUAAUCCACGCCAAGAAACACCUGAGUGUAACUGAGCUAC